AUGGUGGCCUAUCUCAUAAUUGCCCUGUUUGGUGCUCAUGCUGCACUGGGAGAUGAUUCCAUCAGGGGCGAGGCAGCACCUUUGGCUUUGUGGGCCAGCAUCCGUGAGAACCGAACGGCAGUGAAGCCGCUCUAUGCUUCAAUGGCUGGACACGACCCUGCCUCAGGGAAGAACUGGACUUCCAAGCCGAAGCAGCAAGUGAACGCUUGGAACAAGACGAUGCAGCACACCUAUCACACCUACAUUCCAUCGAGCUAUCAAAAAUUGCCCUCCAAAGCGGCCGACAUCCGAGCGUCCUCGGCAGCCUCCAGUGAUGAGCAAAAAUUCACGGGCUACAGCUCCCAGUAUGGUGGACUGGCGAAGAUUGCCAUGCGCGGUGCCAAAAAUGACUUUCAUCAGCGAAGCCGCACAUCAACUGGAGCCAUGUCUGACAUUCCUGAGAUGCACGAAUACGCAGACAGGUAUUCUUCAAGGCAAAGUUCCCAUGAUACUGACUACAAAACUUACUUGAAAGACUAUGCAGGGAACGAGAAGGGCCAAGACGGUGAGAAGUACAUGAAAGCUUCCGGUUCCACCGGUUCUUCCGUCCCAGAUUACCAGCACUUUGCCGGUUCUUCGUACGCGUCUGGAGAUCAAGGCAAAAGCGAUCAGAAGAAACCCUACCAGAAGUAUAUGCGUGGCAGAUCAAGCUGGGAUGAGCAGUAUGGGCACAGCUCUGGUUGGAAGACGCAGCUCUCUGGUGUAGUGCCAUCCUUUGUGCCUCGCUUUGUUGCUGACCCCGGAGCCCAAGCCCUUGGGUCAGCAAGAGCGGAGGCUGUGGAUGCCACGCAACUUCCAAGCUCGCAGGAUGGUUUGCGGCAGUGGUACUGGCUUGCUACCGCCUCGCAACUCGUGCUAUUUCCUGCAAAAAAUGCCACAACUUCGGGCUUUGGCAGCUUCACCCUCACAUCCAAAUCAUCAAAGAGCUGCAUCCACAUCCAAAGAAACAUUGGCAGAUCUCGGAUCUCAACGCAGGGGCAACGUUUUCACUGUGGGGUGUUUCAGGUCAACGUAUGUGGACUCUUUCCAUUUUAAUGGGGACUUCUUGG